AUGUGUGAGAAGAAAGAAUCAGUCUAUCACAAGGAUGUGAGUCCAACAGAGAUUGUAGAAAUAAGUGUUUGUAUUGACAAGACAAAUGACGCCGAACUCUCGCGGGCUAUCAACUCUAUGUUUCGCUGGUACCGCAAUGCGGCUCGAUGCUACGUCUAUUUAUCAGAUCCGUGGGAACUAGAAUUCCAGAGAAGCAGAUGGUUCACUCGAGGUUGGACGCUACAAGAACUUCUUGCUCCAAGUUCGGUUGAGUUCUUCUCCCAGGAAGGCAAGCGACUUGAUAACGAAUAUUCUGGGUUUAGUGCUCCUAGGGGCCCCUUUAUCUUAGUUCAGCGUCAACAACUUAACGAAGAUAAAGCGUACUCAUUGCUGGGAAUUUUUAGAGUCUACGUACUACCUAUCUAUGGCGAAGGAACAGCUAUGGCGUUUAAACGGCUCAUGGACGAGAUCAGCAAGCUAGAGAAAUGUAAGCGGAUUAAAGACACUAAGGGCGGCUUGCUGAAGGACUCGUACCGCUGGAUCCUCAAGAACUCUAACUUCCAACAAUGGCGUGACGACCAGCAGAGCCGAUUACUGUGGAUCAAAGGUGAUCCUGGCAAGGGUAAGACAAUGCUGCUCUGCGGCAUUGUCAACAAGCUGAAGAAGUCUAUAGCCACAACAGAUCUUCUAUCCUACUUCUUCUGCCAGGCUGCGGACUCGCGAAUUAAUAACGCUACAUCAGUGCUACAAGGCCUGCUAUACUUGCUUGUCAAUCAACAGCCAUCGCUUGCAAACCGCUCUUUGAGGAUGCGAAUGCCUAGUACGCUUUCAGGCUUGCCAAAACUGUUAGAUUUCAUCGCGCGGAUGUCGUCUGUAUGUCCCCGUAUCAAGUGGAUGGUCUCUAGUCGAAACUGGCCGAGUAUUAAGAAAGACCUUAAAAUUGUGAUGCAGAAUAUGAGACUGUGCCUUAAGCUUAAUAAAAAAUCCAUCUCCACUGCUGUUGCAACAUACAUCCGCUAUAAGGUGGAUCAGCUAGCAGAGCGAAACGGAUACAGCAAUAAUACACAGGACGCUGUCCAAAGUUACUUAUUGCUAAACGCAAAUGACACUUUUCUUUGGGUAGCUUUAGUCUGCCAAGAACUGGUUUAUAUCUCUCAAUGGGAUGCUCGGCAGAAGUUGACAACAUUUCCGCCUGGACUUAAUGGUCUGUACGGACGGAUGAUAGACCAGAUGAAGAAUUCUGAGGUGGCUGACCUUUGCAAACGUAUACUGGCUAUUCUUUCAGUUAUGUACCGGCCCCUCACAUUAGACGAGUUAACCUCUUUCAUCGACAUGCCGGAUGGAGUCGCCGGUGACUACGAAGCUCUAUCAGAGAUUAUAGGGCUUUGUGGGUCCUUUCUAACGCUUCGAGAACGCACUAUAUUGUUUGUCCAUCAAUCAGCAAAGGAUUUUCUGCUUAAAAAGGCAUCCAAUGAGAUUUUUCCAUCUGGGAAAGGAGAGACCCACCAUGAGAUCUUCUUAAGAUCACUUAAAGUCAUGUCCCGGACUUUACGACGAGACAUCUAUAGUUUAGGUGCCUUAGGCUACCCUAUCGAGCGAGUGAAACAGCCAGACCCAGACCCGCUAGCAGCGUCACGUUACUCAUGUAUCUACUGGGUUGACCACCUCUGUGACUGGAAUUCCAAUUCUUGUGCGAAGCACGGGGUUGACCUUCAGGAUAGCAGCGCUAUUAAGGAAUUUGUGAGAAAGAAUUACCUCUACUGGCUAGAGGCUCUCAGUCUUUGCAGAAGCAUGUCAAACAGUGUAGUUUCAAUGGGGAAACUCAAGGCUUUACUACAGGGAACAGCAGACGUAUCCGCAUUACUCCAGUUAGUUCGAGAUGCUCGUCGGUUUGUCAUGUAUCACAAGCAGGCAAUAGAGGACAGUCCUCUUCAGGCAUAUACGUCCGGACUUGUGUUUACUCCAAUCUGCAGCCUAAUAAGGGAUCAUUUCAAGGAGGAAGAACCGAAGGGGAUCACAAUAAGGCCAGAUAUGGAAGAUAAGUGGAGUGCCUGCCUGCAGACCCUUGAGGGCCAUAGCGAUUCGAUCAGCUCGCUUGCAUCUGGGUCCGACGAUAACACAGUCAAGAUUUGGGAUGCAAGCAGUGGCGA